UUCGAUUUCUUCAACUGGAACAUGAUAAAUCGGAUUCAUCAUCUUGACAGCGGUCAUCUCUCCCGCCACUGCAAAAGAUCCUCAGAAUAUCCGCCAAGCUGCGAUGCCGUUGAUGGGGGAGGUGGUCAGGAGUUUAGAGAGGCGCUCUUGGCGAGGCAUGAGAGGAGAGAAGUAUUUGGGGGAUUGGUGGAGCAGAUGAAUUGAUUAGUUUUGGGGUUUGGGAGUAUGGGUGUGCUGGGUGGAGUGGCAGUCAUUGAUUUAUGCGGUUAAGAAUAAAGAUUUGGUGUUCGCACAUGGAUCUGCACGGUGCUGUAGACGGAGAGGAUGUUGAAGCUGGAGAGAAAUCUCUGGGGCGCUUUGCAGGUAAAAAGGCUCAUUCUGUGGUUCGUAGAUGUAUUAAACGCGGACUUCCUCGCCCUGUUUCAUCACUCUCUCAAGUGGCCUUGCUCCUAUUUUCUGUGCUCAAGAGCGAUCAUUACGAGUAUUGCAAUAUUUACCUAUUCUUUACAUGGGUGGUUGUCUUCGAGGUGUAUUUUUCAUUACCAGUAGCUGUCGCAGCCUCUGAUUACCGUGGUCAAUAGUUUGCAAGGGGUACCCCCCUUUUUGAACAAGGCCGGAUUUCUAAACCAGUUCAGGAAUGCCUUAAUAUAC